CUAAAGAAUUCAUUCCUGAAAGUUUCUCAACUAAAUUCUCAGUUAUUUCAUCAAACACGCACAGAGCAAACACACAGAAAUGAGUAGAACAAGCCGAGAAGUUGAGCGGCGGAUCCUCCGUCAUCUUCACGACCGGAGAAGUCAAACCCGCCUUCUCGAAAUCCACGCCCAUUUUCUCCGCCACGAGCUCCACCAGUCCAAUCAAAUUCUCGCUCAUUUCGUAGCAGUUUGUCGAGCGCACGGCAAAAUGCGGUACGCCGAGCUUGUAUUCCAGCAAGCCCAGUCCCCUGAUCUCCCCCUUUUCAAUUCCAUGAUUAAGGGUUAUUCUGUUUCUGGCCAACCUGAGAAGUCAUUAUCAAUUUUUUCUCUUAUGAAGAAUAAUGGGGUUUUACCCAAUGAGUAUACAUUUGCGCCUUUGAUGAAGUCUUGUUGUAAUGUCAGUGAUUCAAAGGUUGGAAAGUGUGUUCAUGGUGAGAUUUUGAAACUCGGGCUAGAGCGGCAUAAUGCUGUGAGGAUUGGGAUUGUUGAGUUCUAUACGAAUUGUGAGGAGAUGGGGAAUGCAAAGAAGGUGUUUGAUGAAAUGCUUCAGAGAGAUGUAAUAAUUUGGAAUUUGAUGAUUCGUGGGUUUUGCAAGACGGGGGAUAUUGAUAUGGGAUUGUUUCUGUUUAGGAAGAUGAGGGAAAGGAGCAUAGUGUCAUGGAAUUCGAUGAUAUCGUCGUUGGCCAAGAGUGGGAGGGAUAGGGAAGCUUUGGAAGUCUUCAAUGAGAUGCAAAUUGAUGGUUGUUUUAAGCCAGAUGAGGCUACUGUGGUCACUGUUCUACCUGUAUGUGCUCGUUUGGGUGCUCUUGAUGUUGGGAAUAGGUUAUACACAUAUGCUCAAUCUAGUGGACUUUUUCGAGAUUUCAUCACAGUGGGUAAUUCAAUAGUGAGUUUCUAUUGCAAAUGUGGAGACUUGGAAACAGCUCACCGUGUCUUCUGUGAAAUGCCCUUGAAAAAUGUGAUUUCCUGGAACACCCUGAUCUCAGGUCUGGCUUUUAAUGGGAAAGGUGAACUUGGGGUUGAUUUGUUUGAGGAAAUGCUAAGUAGAGGUGUAAAGCCUAAUGAUUCAAGCUAUGUAGGGGUUUUAACCUGUUGUGUCCAUGCUGGAUUGUUACAGAAAGGUCGGCACUUUUUCUCAUUAAUGACUGCCAAGCACAAAAUUCUGCCCAAGCUUGAGCAUUAUGGAUGUAUGGCAGACCUCCUCGGGCGAAGUGGAUGUCUGAGGGAGGCAAGUGACCUGGUAAAAAACAUGCCGAUGAAGCCAAAUGCUGUGUUGUGGGGUUCCCUGCUUAGUGCUUCACGGAAUCACGGUGAUGUUAAACUUGCAGAACGUGCUCUUAAAGAGCUUAUAAAUCUCGAGCCAUGGAAUUCUGGUAACUAUGUAUUGUUAUCCAAUAUCUACGCAGAAGAAGGGAAAUGGGAUGAAGUUGACAAGUUAAGAGUAUUAAUGAAGGAAAGAAGUGUCAAAAAGUCCAUUGGUCACAGCUUGGUUGGAUGAAGAUUUAGAUUCAAAAGGCUCCUCUAGUAGUGGAGCCUCAGGUGCAGGCACGUAUUGGAUGAUGUUGGCUAGAGCCUAAGAAGUGUCUCGGGGAGAGCAUAGCGUAAAAUUAUUCAUUAGGCUGGAUAAUGGCACCUCAGCUGGAAAAUUUAGGCUAAGGUUCUUUUGUUUUAUACGGAAUCUGGAGUGAUCAACUUCCGGUAGGGAGUUGCAAGCUUUGAUGUAGGGAUCUUUGUGCUAGCUCAAGUACCAUGGCUGGAUAGACGGAUACUUGACAGUUGAAACUCCUAAUGGACAGGGCAUCACAGAGCUUCUCUUAUCAUGAGAACUAAUGCUGAAGAAACAGAAAUCAAGGUGAACAGGUUGUUUGGUAGAGGAGGGAAUGGUCGACACAGUCAAGGACAAGGUGUGUUUCUGCCAAACAAGGGCCAUAGCAGAACUGAUCUGUUGCAGCAGAAGGUAUAUUGAGAAGUCAUGACAAUCAGAACGGCAUAAACAAGUGCGCGGCUUGCCAUUACAGAAGGCCGUAAGGAAAGGAAUGGCUAACUAAACACGCAAGAUUUGAUUAUUCCCUUCGGAGAUUAACAAUCAAUGGUAUCUUGGUGGUA